AUGAGCGCUGGAAUCGACAAACUCGGGGGCCAGGAUAAAACUCGGGCCAAUUACAUCCAAUCACAAGUUUUCAGAAAAUCUCUUCUCUCCGUUUAUGGUCGCUUCGCUCAUCGUCUUUCGGUGCCGUUCAUUGCAGCCUGCAGAAAAACCCAUCCUCCGCGCAGGGCUCCUAACCGGGCUCUCAUAUAUUACCCUGCGCGAAUUCCUAUCGAAAUUGUACUGUCACUACUAUUGGCAAAAAAAAAAAAGUUUUCGUUGCGGAAUAUCGUGCCGGUGACUUCCUGCUGUAUACACAUUCUUUCGUAUAUUCAUAUUUGGAGCAUACUGCAGACGCUGCCCCGGAUCCGUUCUAUCGUUUCCCGUUAUCAAUCCGGUUUUCAAUCUUUAGCCAUAAAUCUUCGGAAAACGAGCCAACCAGAGCGAAAACUCAUUGUUCGUGCAGACCCAGAGUAA